CUUUUCCGGUUUCAUUCGUUCAAAACGGUGAAGAAUAUCUACGUCACCGCAUCAAUCAAAGCUUGGCGAGGCCGGACGACGAAAGAGCAAAUAAAACAUACAACCAUGUUGUCUUCAACCUCGAGCGGUUGUCUCAAGCUUCUCACGCUGUCGAAUCUUCUGGGACUCGCGUUCUCGCUUCCGUUAGACUCGUCUCAUCUACGGCCGCGCUUUUCCAUCGUCAAUGUCGACGGAAGCUCAGACCCUGAUUGCACAACCUCUUCCGCACCGGCUGUCACACAGACGGUGGUGGUGCCCACUAUAGUGACGAUCCAACCGACCAUCGAAUCUCCGACGGAGACUAUCACAGUCACCGUCGCACCAACGCAGCCUCCAAUGCAGUUCUGGCCUCACAAGACCAACUCAAGCUCAACAACAAGCUCGCCGUCCGAAACGACGUGGGGAGCAACAACAACAUCUUCUUCAUCUCCAACGCUUGCACCUAUGUGGUGGCCAUCAACCACUCCCUGCGAAUCAAUCUCCACUACUACUUCGUCAUCGAGCUGGGCUCCAUCAGUCACACCAUGCGGAGACGACGACGAACUGCCUAGCGAUGGAGCGCCGUGGCGCCAACCUGCUCCCAACCCAAGCACCGUGAACGCCGUAGCAGCGAAACCCACCUAUUCGUACCCUCCAGGAGCGCAUGCUCCUCACCCUAGCGGAAUGACUGCUCCACUACCUGUGCUUCCAACAGAUGCACCGCUCUGGUACAAUAGGACGCAGGUGCCGAACUACCGAAAGCGGGUGGUUGUCAACGAGUGAAAGACGAGAAAGCGUCUUUGAUGUUGAUGCAACCGAGUCGAGAGGCCCAAAAAAUUUACGACCUGAUCUGCGACUAGAAAAUUUAUGUACGAUAAUGAACACGACUAUUUGAGAGCUUUGACGCUAUAGAGCCAAAGGUAAUGUAUAACGGACAAUAGGCAGAUGAUCUUGAGACGCAUGACGAUUCCAAAUCGGGAAUUAAACCUUAAAGUCCAAGAGGAGAUGGGGUAAUAAUUACUUGUAGGAUAGAAUGAGAAAUAAGCCAAGAUAUUCGCAAGGCGGGACGAAAUGUCAAAAACUGAUCGCUCGAAGA